AUAUUUCAUUAUCGACGAUUUAGUUUGACUCAUAUCUUAUGGUCGUAUGUAUUCUGUUUCUAUGGCAGGUUUGGUUGCGAUUCUUGCCAUCGCUUUGACUGUUUCUGUUGUUGGUAUUAGUAUUGUUAUCGUCGUGGUUGCUGUCUUGUGUCAACGGUGUAGGGCAAGGAGGAGAACUGCACCUAUUACAAUGAGGGAUACUGGUGGUGUUCAGCAACCAGGAGUUGUAGUUGCUUGGCAACGCGGACAGACUGCGGGGCCUCAUCCUUCGUUCCAGUCACAUCCCCCAUCUCAGUCUUAUCCUCCACCUCAUUGUUAUCCCCCUCAGCAACCUUAUCCACCACCUCAGGUUUUUAAACCGCCUAAUGAAGCAGCAGACCGACCACCUUUGUACGAGAUGGUGAUAGAGCAGGAACAUGGUCAUCCUACACAAGUUGAUGCACAUCGUCCUCCUCAACUGCAUGGGUAUGGUCCAGCGGCAGGAGGCGGAUAUCCGUCUCAAGGCUGACACUGAAAACUGAAUUUUAGCCGCUGUUGUUUGUUGAGUAGCGUCUGGAUUGGAGUAUGUGAAGAAGGCUACUUGAUUUUGUGCUAUAAACUAGAUGGUGUUGUCUUGUGCUUGAUAUAAGAUAUAUGUAUAUAUUUAGAAUUAGUGACGUGCUGUUUGUAUUAACUUUUCAUCUACGCACAUCUAUUUGUUUCUUGACUUGUUGUCUUGGACGUCUGUGCUUCCAGAUCAGUAUUUCAUUGGUAGUUCUUUAUGUCUGUUCUUUAAUUGAUGUACAAUAUUGCAAUUCAUUGAUUCCA